AUGGCUCUCGAUCCCAGCAGUGCACCACCGCCUCAACAGCCCAAUUCAACAGGCGGCGCGUCGGCCAAGCCGCAGCAUUCCAAUCGUGCCAGCCCAUUUCCGACCAUGACCACAGCCUCCGACAAGUCUUCCGUAACCGCUACUGCAAGUUUCUUGCCUGCAGCGCCGACCUUCAGGCCCUCUCAUUCAUGUCAGUCGCCCUACCCUCUCAACAUGUCAACCGCCCACCUGUUCGAGCGCGAGCCCACCAAACCCGUUGGUACACCAUUCUCAAGCACGCCCACGCCCAUGGUCCGCGUUCUCAUUCGUCGUCUACCUCUCAAUACUUCCGAGGAGUCAUUACGCCUGAUGGUAGUGUGGUCCAAGGAACUAGCCGACGUGGAGCUGCUGCCCGCUGAUAAGUCCGAGGAUGAUGGCUUUCGUUCAGCUCUCUUGCGAUUCAGGAGCAUGUCCGGGGCGCUGGAAGCUAAGCAGAUGCUGGACGGCCGAUCCAACAUUUCCAACGACGCCGAGAUGAUUGUCGAAGUCUUGUCGAAUAGCCCCCCGACGGCGAGGCGAAGCGCGGCCGAGCAAUCGUCCACCGUGCCGCCGGCGACGGCGUCGGCAGGGCCGGCGCCACUUGCCGCGUCCCGGCAGCCCUCGCGCUUCAACGGUUUUCAGCCCUUGGACAAUAACGUAUCGCCGACGUCAAACAGCGUCUUCCCUGCUCACGAAUUCAUCCGCCCUGAUGCCAACUCGCACUAUCAAAGCAUAUUUUCUCCUCAGUCGCCCAUCGGGAACCACCUCAGCGAGCGGCCGGGAAUAUCUGGCAAGUCUCUGAUCAGCAGCGAUUUUGGAGACGAUGACGAAACCAGCGAUCUUCUCAAAGACCCUGUUGCCUAUGCUGAGAACGGAGCCACUUCACAGCGCAGAGCUACCGCUCCCCAGAUUCCCAUUGGGCGCAUGGCUGGACUGUCUCUCAGCACGAACCACUCUCAGGGCCCGGCUUCUCUGCCGCCGUACAUGAGCUCACUGCCGUCGGCCAAUGCGCCGGCGCCCGGACUGGGAUAUCCCGUCAAUGGCCACAGUUUCCCGCGGCACAACUUCCCUCCCGUCAACCCGGCUGACCAGAAUCCACCAUGCAAUACUCUAUAUGUCGGGAACUUGCCCAUCGACACAUCCGAGGAAGAACUCAAGGCCAUGUUCUCCAAGCAACGAGGCUACAAGAGACUCUGCUUCAGGACGAAGCAGAAUGGGCCAAUGUGCUUUGUAGAGUUUGAGGAUGUCUCCUUUGCGACCAAAGCUCUUCACGAACUUUACGGGCAGCCACUCCACAACAGUGUCAAGGGCGGCAUUCGGCUGAGCUUUUCAAAGAAUCCGCUGGGUGUGAGAUCCGGCCAGGCCCCAGGUCAAGGAUCCAAUAACUCGAUGGGUAACGUGAACGGAAUGAUGGGCAACGGCACAAACGGGUUUGCUUCCACCCACGGGCCCCCUCCGGGUCUCGCUGCACCGCCCGGCCUUGGCACCAGUCGUGGCAACUAUAAUUUGGCCUCCUCCAUGAACACUGGCGGCAAUCGACCAUACAACACGGCUGGAUUCCCUGGCAUACCUACCCAUGAUGCGUGGAACACGCCUUAUAACAACAGUGUUGCCACGGGGCCUAAUAACGGGCUCAACAGCAACUCAUCCUACUUCUCUAGACACAUGACGGGGAGGUAA